CCACAACUCAAGCCAUGGAUCACAUCUCCUAGACCCUGCCAUCCUUUGGUGUGUAUGUGUUUGUGUGUGUAUUUGUUUCACCUUCCCAACCUUCCCUGAUAAUGUCUUGCUGCCGACUUUGCGAAUAUUUUCCGUAUUUACUGUGACUAACCUUUCUUAUAGUUCUGGUCUGUCGCUUUUGUGGAUUUGUCCCCUCCGCUCCCUAUUCCUCUGUUAUCUCCCCUCGCUGGUGGAGGCCCUCUGUUUCCAGAUCUCUCUCCCUGUGUGUGUUGCGCGGUCGAAUGACGCACACAACACACUCUUUGGUGUUUGGCCACCGCACACUCUCUUACCAUGCCAACCAAGUCGCCCAUUUCCGUUCUACCUUCAGAAAUGGUCUCUCAAGCCCAAGUCCUCGAUCGCUCUAUGCCCGCGCAAGGCGCUCCCUCGACAGUAUCGCGUCACUCCCAGACCAGUCGGCGACACCGUUCUAGUCGCUCUCAUCAUGGUGGACCAGUCCACCAGCCUCAGAAUGAUUUCCCCAUUUUCACACAUACUGGCGAUGUCGAGAUCGUGAUUCGCGCCGGCGGUCGGGAAAAUCGAUAUCUCCUACACCGGCUUAUCCUCACACAAUGCUCGGGGUUCUUUGAGGCUAGCACUCGGGAAGAGUGGCCACAACAACCUCUCUCCAGUCGGCCCUCUAACAAUCUGGAUUCAACUGCUUUGUCGAGGAUCAGUGGGGAUACUUCAUCACUUUCCAAUGGAUCAACUCUGGCUCAAUCCGAGGUCGGUGCCGCUCAAUCUUCGUCCGAGAAGAAACGGUGGCGAUACGAGUUGGACUGGGAAAACAAAGCAGAGGAUGAAGAGCCAAUUCUGGUGCAAAAGCCCCCCAGUGCUUCUGGUACCAUUGUGAGUGAUUUCGGACCGUACGCGCCGUCAAUGACCAAGCCAUCAAGCACGCAUACCGGAUUCGCUCGUUCCAUGGCAAACUUGGCUGGCAUGCAGUCCGUAAUGAAUCUGCCACAUAGGCCCAGUGCGGUAGCGGCGGCAGCAAACACAGGUACGGCCAAUGGCGCAGCGAUGGAUCCCACACUUCGUGACUAUGAUAACCUGUUCCGCCUAUUCUAUAAUCACCCGCCGAUCAUUAAUAACAUCAACAUCGCGACCGCCUAUGCUGAAUGCAAGGCCCUUCUGGCCCUGGCAGACAUGUAUGAUGCCUUACCUGUCACCGGGCCCCGUGUGGACCAUCACCUUUUGGGAUUCGGAUCUCGACUAUUCAAACAAAUUGCCAAAUACCCGCCAAGCUACCUAAAGCUAGGGUAUCUUGCACGAAGUCGUGUCAUCUUCUCGGAGGCCCUCAUCCACGUCGUAGGCCAAUGGCCGGCUGGACUACCACACCUCCGAAACGGACCCUAUUCCCCGCUUCCCCACGCGGUCCUGGACAUUGUUGAAGACAAGGUUGAGGACUUCGAAGAUAUUAAGGCACGCAUCGACUCGAAGCUGCUGCGCCUAACUCUAACCACUUCUCGCGGUGAACGUGUCACCCCCCACAAUGCAUAUCUAGACUGGCUUGCCGUUUCCCUUUUCCGCCAAUGGCUCGUGGAUAGUACUACUCCCCCCCCUUCUUCAAUUCUCAAAAACAACUCGCAUUCUAUACACAACAACAACAGCAGCAACCAUUCCAGCCGUGGGCCAGCUGCGUCAACGCCUACGACUCCGUCGGCGCCUAGACCGACAGACCUCCUCCCGUCUUCGGCCACUCCUACCCCGGUCUCCUCGGCCCGGGUCUAUCGGCUCAUUGGCUCCACGUCGACCCAGGCUUACCUCCCACAUGAGGAGCUCAAGAAGUUCUUGAAGGUCCACCCAACCCCGUCUGCCGAAUCUCUGUACACGAGAGAGGUCCUUAAGCGGUUUGAGCGCAAAAUGGACGAAAUCAAACGGCUGGCCCGUGAAAUCGUGAAACCACUAAUGCGCAAUUUCCUCGAAUUAGAUCUGAAAGCCGGCGAAUUCAACGACUCUAUUCCGUAUCUAACGUGCAUCAAAGUUGAAGACGAAGAUAUUCCUUGGGAAUAAAUUUACGACCGAAAUGAAUGAUCGAUACCCUGAACGUUCUGUUCCAUGAUAUUUUGCCCUUUAUUAUGACCUCUGUGAUGACCGCCCAUGAUUUGAUUGACUUUCCCUGACCUACAUUAUUAUAUACUUCCUUUCUUUUCCCAUCUCGGCUUGUUGUUAUUUUCUUCUUCUACACUUACUGCCCCACGACAGUUACGCCAAAAUAAUGAAGUUAUGAAAAUACAGUUGGUUAAACUAUUUACGACCGCCUCGGAUUCUGGUGUACUGUAUUCGAGAAGAUCUUGGUGGUACUCGUCAUAUUUGCAAACAUCUAUUUUUUUUUUUUUUUUUUUU